GAUAACAAUAGCUCCAUCGCGUUCGUUCCCCCUCUGACGGUCGUCGCACUCCGCCCGCCGAGCACUCCCACCGAGCCAGAGGAACGCCGCCGGCCACCGCCAAGGGAUUUGCCUCUCACUCCGCUGUCGUCGUCGUCGUCCUCCUCCACGGCUUCUCCGCUCCGCUGUACUGGCGAUCCGUCCGUCCGGACGGACGGGGACUGGUUCCUUGCUGGCCACAACCGGAAGCUGUAAAAAAAUAAUUGUGGCUUGUUAGGAUCCCGGGAGCCGGCAAGAUGCCCUACUUUCCAGACGAAGUGGUGGAGCACAUCCUUGGCUUCGUGUCGUCGCAUCGUGACCGCAACGCUGCAUCUCUCGUGUGCCACGCGUGGUACCGCGUCGAGGGCCUCACUCGCCGCUCCGUCUUCAUUUCCAACUGCUAUGCGGUGCGCCCUGAGCGAGUGCACGCACGUUUCCCCUGCCUGCGCUCGCUGACCGUGAAGGGCAGGCCAUGUUUUGCUGACUUCAACCUUGUCCCCGCGGGGUGGGGUGCCACAGCGGAGCCAUGGGUGGAUGCAUGUGCCCGUACAUGCCCUGGCCUUGAAGAGCUCCGCCUGAAGCGGAUGGUUAUCACUGAUGAUUGCCUCAAUCACCUUGCCCGUUCAUUCCCCAAUUUGAGGUCACUAGUCCUUGUUAGCUGUGAGGGGUUCAGCACGGAUGGUCUUGCUACUAUUGCCACCAAUUGCAGGUUUCUCAAGGAACUUGACUUACAUGGGAGUCAGGUGGAGUUUCGAGGCCCUCAUUGGUUUAGUUGUUUCCCCAAGCCUUCGACAUCAUUAGAAUCCUUGAAUUUUGCUUGCUUGGAUGGAACAGUGAGUGCUAAUGCAUUGGAAAGUCUUGUUGCAAGGAGUCCAAAUCUUAAAAGCUUAAGGUUAAAUCGUGCAGUUCCAGCAGCUGUUUUAGCCAACAUUCUUACUUCCGCUCCUAAGCUGGUGGAUUUAGGUACUGGAUUGGUUGCUCAAAACAAUAAUGCUGAUGCACUCAGUCUCUACAAUGCUAUUCAACAAUGCAGUUCUCUGAAUAGUUUGUCUGGCUUUUGGGAUUCUCCACGUUGGAUUACUCCAGUAAUUCAUUAUAUUUGCAAGAACCUAACAUGCUUGAACCUUAGCUAUGCUCCAACGUUUCAGACAGCUGAUCUUAUUGGAGCUAUUCGCCAUUGUCAGAAUCUCCGACACUUGUGGGUACUAGAUCACAUUGGCGAUGCAGGAUUGAAGGUUGUAGCCUCUUGUUGCCUGGAGCUGCAAGAGUUGAGGGUAUUUCCUGCAAAUGCAGAUGUGUUAGCAAGCACUGAUGUGACAGAGGAAGGGCUGGUUGCAGUAUCUUCAGGCUGUCGGAAGCUAAGCUCUGUUCUCUAUUCCUGCAGCCGAAUGACUAAUUCUGCUCUGAUUACGGUGGCAAAGAAUUGCUCGCGAAUCACAUCCUUCAGACUGCGUAUCUGCUUGCAUGGGUCAGUGGAUGCCGUGACAGGCCAGCCACUGGAUGAGGGUUUUGGGGCAAUCGUCCGGUCAUGCAAGGGCCUCAGGCGUCUAUCUAUGUCUGGCCUUCUCACGGACAGCGUGUUCCUGUACAUCGGCAUGUACGCUGAGAGGCUGGAGACGCUCUCUGUUGCGUUUGCAGGAGAUAGUGAUGAUGGCAUGAUCUACGUGCUCAAUGGCUGCAAGAAUCUGAGGAAGCUGGAGAUGAGAAACUGCCCGUUUGGCGACACGGCGCUUCUUGCAGGCAUGCACAGGUACGAGGCGAUGCGCUCUCUUUGGAUGUCGUCGUGCGACAUCACCCUGGGUGGCUGCAGGUCCCUCGCGGCAACCAUGCCAAACCUAAACGUCGAGGUCGUCAGCCAGGUGGAUGGAGUCUCGUGCGAUGCAAAGAAGGUGGAGAAGCUGUAUGUCUACAGGACACUCGCCGGGCCGAGGGGUGAUGCCCCUGGAUUCGUCUCGGCACUGUAAAUUACCUGUACUAUCGUGGUUAGUCGGUUUCUGUGUGGCUUGUAAUUUUUUUACGGUGACUUAACCGCGGAAGAACCUGCGCGUGCUCAAGGCUAGAGUUUCGAUCAUCCUGCUAUUUCACUUACCAAGUCGAUGGAAGCAGUGUAUGCUUGGUUGGUGAUCAGAUACUUUGUUUACAUAUAUGCAUUUGAUACAGAAUGCAAUGGGCAAUCAGUUAAAAUGUGGUAUUUGUGUGUAAA